GAGUCAUCUCUUUUAACUCCACUGCUUUGUUCAUAUCACUCUAAGCCAUAAUCAACAAUUUCUUGAUAGCAUAUAUCAUGAAUCUUGUUCAUUUCAUAUCAGUAUUGUCUAUCUCAUCUCUUAUCAUUUUAUCAGCAUCAGCACAAACACGCAAAACAAAAUCAACUGAUGUGGAGGCACUACGGGUGCUUGAAGCUAGUUUUGGGAUUAUAUCAUUAUCAAGUGACCCAUGUCUUCCAGAACCAUAUUCUUGGAUUAAGUGUAGCUCCGAUGAUACCCCUCGAAUUACAACUAUAGAUCUUCAUGAUGAGAACAUUUAUGGAGUUACUCUCCCGGAUUUCAGUUCCAUGGAUGCACUUGAAAUCAUAGACUUGAGCGGUAACAUUUUUAGUCAAGAAUUUCCUGAUUUUCUUGCCAAGUUUCCUAAACUCAAAGUGUUGAAUUUGGCGGGUAACUUCUUUUAUGGAACAAUACCGACUUCAUUAGAGAAUAAUAAAAAUGUAAUUGUGACGCUGACGGGAACGCAACAGGGAUUCUUGUGUUAUUCUGACAAAGAACUGCGAAACCGAAACAGGGAUAGGAACUUCACCAGGAACAUCGACUCGUAAGAGUAAAAAGAAGUUACCAAUUAUACUAGGAACCGUAAUUCCAAUUUUUGUGAUAUUUUGGGCCAUUGUUGGAUUUCUGGCCGUCAAUAAUCAAAGGAGAAAGGCUGCAGCAGCGCAAAACAACGGGGCUACUAUGCCAGGAAAGCCAAUUUACGGAAAUACAAUGAGUCCCAAUCCGCUGCUGGAUGAAAUGAACUAUCAAGAUCCCUGGCUUGGGGCUGAAAGCGUUAUACUCGAUAAUCUCGAAGUAAAUACCGACCAACAGGCACACCCGACAGUCCACACUAUUUGAAUUGGAGCUUUUGUUAAACUUACUGUUUUUGAUUGUGUUAGCACAACUGCCACUCUCCAUGGAGACUCUCAGCAGCAUCAGUCAGAAGAGGAAUGAACCAGCUCUAGAAGUUAGCCUUGUAUUUCGUUCUUUAAGUUAGCAUUAAACUCGUUCUCAGUUUGUUAGUCAGUAUUUUCAAAAUCUGUAACAACUUGUAACAACUUCUGAUAUAAAUAAGAUCUCUA